GGAGGAAGAGGAUGGAGGGGGCGGAGCAAAAAGGAGGCAUCCAGGAGGAGGAAGCUCCUUCCAGGGAAGUGAACAGUAACAGCAACCACACUGACAACGAUGUUACUUCCUGUCAAGCUGAGGACACACCAGAGAUCACCAUGGAAACGGAACAGAGCAAAGAGGUCCCAGAGACACCCCAGAAACAGGAGAGUGGACCUGUGGUUGUCCCAGGCAACAACAAGAGCCCGGCCAGCGAGAAGCUGCAGAGAGUCCGCAAGUGGAGCAUCAACACCUAUAAGUGCACCCGGCAGGCUCUGUCAGAGAAGCUCGGUCGUGGAUCUCGUACGGUGGAUCUGGACUUGGAGCCUCGCCUGGAGUUGCUCAAAGACGACCGACAACGCUACGAUCACAUGACCAAGUUAGCUCAGACGCUGGCCAAUCAGCUCUCUCAGUUCACAGUUACCCAGAAGACACUGGGGGAUGCCUUCAACGAGCUCAGCCUCAAAACGCCAACACUGCAUGUGGAGUUUGGUGUGAAUGCAGAAGCUCAGAAGUUUCUGUCUAAGAGCGGCGAGACUCUGACGGCGGCCAUUAACUCCUUCACAUCCGACAUGAACACUUUGGUCAACAAAACCAUCGAGGACACCAUGAUCAACGCCAAGCAGUACGAGACUGUCAGAAUUGAGUACGAUGCGUACCGAGUCGACCUGGAGGAGCUGAACCUGAAGCCCCGUGACGCCAUCACCCUGCCGAAACUGGAGCAGGCCCAGAAAGACUUCCAGAGCCAGAGGGAGAAGUACCAGAAGGUCAAAGACGACCUGUCUGUCAAACUCAAGCUGCUAGAGGAGAAUAAGGUCAAAGUCCUUCAUAACCAGUUAUGGCUUCUCCAUAACGCUAUAGCAGCUCACAGUUUAUCGUGUCACAGCUUCCUGGAGCAAAACAUCCAGCAGGCCGGCGAGCAACUCAACAACCCCAGCAUGGAUGCCCCCUCCUGGCUGGAGGACUGCUGACACAACAACAACAACAAAAAUUCACCGUAUGGCAGGUGGACAGAUGUGGGUUUGGAAGACGUUCUGGGGUUCAUGGACGCUGCUGUUAGAAAAGUUUGAGAGCAAUAGUUAGUCACGUAGAUAGGUAGCAAUUUGAUGUAUACCUAUUUAUAAUGGUGAAUUUGAAUUUUGGGAUGAAUUGAAUUGGGAUGGAUUUCCAGCUUCUGGAAAACUCUUUAUAUAUUGAGAUUAUUAUGCCAGAGGGAAAUUAAUUGUUUUGGACAUUGUAUGGGGUUUCUGGGUCCUGGGGUUUCUCAUACUGGUCUGGAAAGGCCUAGAAAAUGUUGACUCUCCAGGUUUCAAAAUGUUGUGGAACAGCAUAAAAGUCAGUCAAGAAAGUUCUGAAAAGGAUGUCCAUCAUUUUGAACUGUUGAGAUUAUAUUUAGGACAAAAGAAAUCUCUUUUUGUACCUCACAUGCUCUCACAGACAUACAGUACUUGUGACUUCUGACCUGUUUAACAGCGACACACACACACACAUAUAUAUAUGUACCCCUCCUGGUUUUCUUUCCUCUGUCUCACUGUGUUUGGGAGUAAAUCCAUCUAAUCCUCUGUGAGGCACUAAGCCUUUCUUUGAACUUUAAAAAUCCUCAGCCACUGCAGUCAGAAACUUAGAGCCACUAAAAGUGCCUCAACACCACAGAAAACAUUUUCACCAGCUAGGGUUAGGUUCUUAUAGUGAGUUAUAUUUUGAUAAUAUCUGGAUUCACUGAGCUCUAAAGCUAUCAAAUCUAUUUAAUUUUUGUCUCAUAUUUUAAAUAAUAUAGAAAACAUACAGGUAACAGCUUGCCUUUUUAAGCUAGCUCUGACCGCCACUUUCGCCGGUUUUGAUGUCAAACAUUGCAUCGGCAGCAGAUUACGUCAGCUGUACCUAAAUAAUGUAGGGCAGCAACUAUUAUGCCCGUUGUAAUUUCCUAGAGCCCAAGGUGACUUCUUGAAAUGUAUUGUUUUGUCUCAUCAACAGUCAAAAAUCCAAAGAUAUUCAGUUUACUAUCAUGUAUGACACAGAAAAGCUUUGACAAUUUGGGUUUGGAUUUGAAAAAAUUUUAUCAAAACUCAACCCUCGCACCAGCUGAUUACACAUUGAGGAAAGACAGGACAGCUGAUGGAUGAUCACUUGUUUACUUAACUUUCCAGCCACAGCUUUAGUUUCACUUGUUCUUGUCUGGUUGUCUGCUGGUCAUUUCCUUCUCUGGUUUACAGAUUUAAGAAGUUCAGAAACGUGUUGGGACCAAACAUUUCCGCGAAUCCAAAAAAUGCUGCUGUAUGCCGACGAUGUUGUCUUGAUUGUUGGUAAAGAAAGGUUGGUUAUAACCAAUCUUUCAGGCAAUGUCUCAUCAGUAGCCAAAGUGUUGGUGUUUAUUUACUGUCUGUCUAAUCAAAUGCUAUAUCAUCAUCAGUCUGUAAGCUUAUUAAAAGUGUUUAAACCUCA